UGCCACUCGUCACAUGACGGCAGUUAGCUUGUGUAGCGUGUGCUCAGCAGACCCGGAAGCUCCAGUGAAGUUUGUGCUCCUGCCACUGCUACUGCUGUGUUGUUGUGUUGUUGUUGUUAGGUUCAGUCCGUGAUGCAGCAGACCCAGUUAACCGUUGAGUGAAAAAUGGAGCGGUACGGGUCGGACACGGAGGGGGAAGAGCAGGAGACACCGCUGCUUCACCAAGGACACGAAGACAGAGUCCAGAGAGCCCCAGUAUGCUGUUCGUCACGAUAUGGCCUGGCGCUGCUCUCCUCUUUUGGCUUCUUUGUGGUCUACUCCUUGCGGGUGAACCUCAGUGUGGCCAUGGUGGACAUGCUUAACAACACCCACCAAUCCAGCACCAACCACAGCGGAUCAGUGUGUCCUGCUCAUGCCAACCCUGCACGGCCCCAGCACAACCACACGGCCAGUGUGUAUGACUGGGACUCUGAGACACAAGGCUGGAUCUUGGGCUCCUUCUUCUACGGCUACAUCCUGACACAGAUCCCUGGGGGCUACCUGGCCGGCCGCUUUGGACCCAAGUGGCUGAUGGGCUUUGGAAUCCUGGGAACUGUAAUUUUUACGCUGCUCACCCCCGUGGCUGCUAACCUGGGUGCAAGCUACCUCAUCGCUGUCAGGGCGCUGGAAGGGAUAGGAGAGGGAGUCACGUUCCCUGCAAUGUACACCAUGUGGGCAGCGUGGGCCCCACCGCUGGAGAGGAGCCGGCUGCUCACAAUUUCCUACAUUGGAGCCCAGCUGGGGACAGUUAUAGCUCUUCCUCUGUCUGGUGAAAUCUGCUUCUACCUGAACUGGACCUAUGUCUUCUAUGUAUUUGGUGCUGUUGGCUUGGUGUGGUUUGUCUUGUGGGCCUUUCUCGUCUUUGACAGUCCAAACACUCACCCACGGAUAUCAGAGCGGGAGAGACUCUACAUCACCACCUCACUCAAAAACGAGCUGUCCACCUCGUCAGGCUUCAUCCCCUGGCGAGCCAUAUUGACGUCCAGACCGCUAUGGGCCAUCGUUGUUGCUCACUUCUCCUACAACUGGACCUUCUACACCCUUCUCACCCUGCUGCCAACCUACAUGAAUGACAUACUGGGAUUCAGCAUACAGCAGAACGGUAUGCUGUCAGCUCUUCCUUACGUGGGCUGCGCUGUGUUGGCUGUGCUGAGUGGCCAGCUUGCCGAUUACCUGCGGGAAACCUGCCACUAUCGCACCAUCACUGUCAGGAAGUCAUUCUCCAUCGUUGGUAUGAUCGGGCCGGCUGUGUUCCUGGUGGCAGCAGGAUAUACAGGCUGCAACUACACCAUGGCUGUGACCUUCCUCACCAUCUCCUCCUCUCUGGGUGGAGUAUCGGCUUCUGGCUUCAACAUCAACCACCUUGACAUUGCUCCCUCGUAUGCUGGUAUUCUCCUGGGAAUCACCAACACCUUUGCCACCAUUCCUGGCAUGGUGGGACCUGUCAUAGCAAGAGAACUCACCAAACAUAACACCAUAGAAGAAUGGCAGACUGUUUUCUACAUCGCUGCUGCCAUCAACCUAGUUGGAGCGGCUGUCUACACUCUGUUUGGCCGAGGAACGGUGCAGCCCUGGGCUGUCCACACAUCCUACUCUCAUGGAGACUGAGGCAGAAGACGAGUUCCAGACUCGUCCAUUUGAUGAUUCACAUUUGUCAGAUGGACAAUCAUUCAACGGGUAAUUUCAGUGAGAGAUGUUCCAGCUGUGCAAUUCUCAAAGCACGGCUAACUAACAGUGAGUAACAGCCAUAUUACCCUCGAGGAUGUUCCUUACUGUGACUGUGGGUCCUCAAGAGUCUGUUGACAGAUAAACCUACAGUCACAGCAAUGAACAACGAAGAUAACAAUAAUUAUCAUUGAGUAGAGAAAACAAUCACAGUAUGCAUCUCCAAGAAGUGUCAGAGGAUGCUGUCAUUAUGAAGCCAAGCACUCUUGUCACUAACUCAAAAAAGGCAAUGUAGCCAGUUAGUUACAGGCUAGUUUCAACUUGAAAGGUCAGCUAGACUAAGUUAGCUUAGAUAGCUACAUGCUAUCUAAGCAUUGUUGAUGGUCAAAGAUUAUAAAUGCCAUGGUAAAUAAGCUAAGAGAGACAAAUUAUCCCAGUGUAGUUCCCUUUUCGUGUUCAGGUUUGCCAGUUAGCCAACGUGCUAGGCUGAAUUGUUAUUUCGGCCUCUAGAGCAUUUUCGAUUUUUUUAAUUUUU